AUGGACCGUAUCAAGGAGAAAAUGAACCAGCUUCGUCUGGAGGCCGACGACAACGCCGCAAAGGUUGAGGAGCUUCAGACCAAGGUCAAGUCCCUGGAGCAGGAGAACCUGUCCAAGGAGCAGGAGAUCACCUCCUUGCAGCACAAGAACGGUCUGCUCGAGGGCGAAGUCGAGAAGCUUGAGACUGCAGUUAAGGACUUCAAGAAGGCUGCCGACGAGAGCGCUGGCACCGGCACACAAAACGAGACUCUCCAGCGCAGACUCCAGCUCCUCGAGGAGGAGGCCGAGGAGGCGGACAAGACCCUUCGGGAAGCCAACGAGAAGCUCAGACAGACCGACGUCAAGGCCGGCCACUUCGAGCGCAAGGUCCAGGCUCUCGAGUCGGAGCGCGACCAGUGGGAAUCCAAGUACGAGGAGAUGGCCAAGAAGUACGCGACGGUCCAGAAGGAGCUCGAGGACUUCCAGGCCGAGAUUGGCAACAUCUAA